AUGACCUUUCAUCAUCGUAAAAGUGGGUACAAUUAUGUGUCAGUCUAUUCAUAUCUAUCUAUCUAUCUAUCUAUCUGUCUGUCUGUCUGUCUGUCUGUCAAACUCAUUCUGUUAACAUCUAAGACUGUGUGUAUCAGUCAGUCUAUUCAUAUCUAUCUAUCUAUCUAUCUAUCUAUCUAUCGAAUCAUUUAUUGUUCGCUGCAUCUUAUUCAAUCAAUUUCUUCUUCAUCAUCUUCCUCUUUCUUUCUUUCUUUCUUUCUUUCUUUCUUUUUUUCAUUCUUUUUCUUCUUCUUCUUCUUCUUCUUCGUCGUCGUCGUUGUCGUCGUCGUCGUCGUCUUCGUCGUCGUCUUCUUCUUCUUCUUCGUCGUCUUCUUUCUUUCUUUCUUUCAUUUUUUUCUUUUCCGUCUUCUUCUUCUUCUUCUUCUUCUUCAUUUCUUUUUUUUCUUUCCUUCUUUUUCUUUUUUACAUUUCAUUUUUAAUCCAUCACCUUAUUCUUCUUUUUCAAUUAAUGUGUCUCAUUCCACUUCUUCUUCUUCUUCAUCUUCUUCUUUUUCUUCUUCUUCUUCUUCUUUUUCUUCUUCUUCUUCUUCUUCAUUUUAUUCUUAG